CCACGUACAAGCAUAUUACUCCGGGCAGGACUAGGGUUCCUCAGUUGCCAUCAUGUUGAUGGGAGUGUUGUUUCUUCUGUUCCUUACCAGCCAGGAGGUCAGUGGUUUCUGGAAGAAUGGGAGCAAGGAUCCUACCUACUCACACUUGGGUUUCUAUCAGAAGAACCUGACAUGCGACGACGCCGGAACCACGUGCCAGCUUUGCUACACUGCGCAUGGUCAUGACGGAAAAGCUUAUUUACACGGGAUCCAAUAUACGACCGAACCCUACAAGUUGGAAUUCACCAGCUUAGCCGGACGUUAUGACAACAAAUACUCCAUCAUUCAAGACGAUCCGAACCAGACAUUCCGACUGUGCUCGGAGCUCCAAAUGGAGUAUUCUCCCAUGAGAGACAGGAAGCUUGUCAUAUGCCUGGAUACUCGCUUCCCUUCCGGUGUAGUUGUGCCAGAGACCUGUGCCUCACCCAUCGCUGUGACUUCACUGCACGUUAACUAUGGAGACACGGAGAUGAGGGGCCAACAGGUGUUAGUGUGUAAACCUUAACCAUCAGUGGCGGCACUGAAGGAGAGUGGAGUUUCCACAAUACCCCAACCAACCCAGCAUGGUUUUCGAUUUCCUUUAUUUCUUACUUUCAAUUGUUUAUCAACCUUAUUCUAUUUUUCGUCUCUUUAUUUUUUUUAAACUAU